AUACUACUAUUUUUGUCAUUUCAGCAACUAGGUGGUAUAUUAUGGAUUUACAAGAAAUGGCUGGCGUCUGAAUAUCUUCCUCUUGACAUAUUUAUGCCUUAUAACCAAAUCAAUAAAUAUUUUGAAAAUUAUAGAAUUGGUCCAUUCAUUUUGUCUAUUGCUAUGUAUGAUCAAUUGAAGAUGGCAGAUAAGAAUCUACAACUCGAUAUAUUGGAUAGUUGGAUAAGUACUAAUAUCAGUGCAGAAAUAAUAAAAUGCCCUCAGUUUAUGCGAGCAUUAACUAUAGCUAUUAUCAUUGAAUGUUUGUAUUCAAAUGUUGUAUAUGAAAAUUUCUUUGAUCAUCAUCAUGUGAAAUUGUUAAUUCGUUAUAUUCAUUCUGAACCACUUCCAGAUUCUGAAAUUUGUGCAAGGGAAGUGGAAUGUCUGUACGGAAUUCAAAUUGUGUCUGCUGUAUUUGAAUAUCCUGAAGGAAUGGUAUUAAGAUUGUUCCAUAAGCUCUAUCAGGAUUGUGUUUUAAGUAAAGAAUCUUUUCUAACAUGGAAAAAAGAUGACAAAUUGAAUGCUGGAUUUGAUG